AUGUUUGUACCAAAAAUCAUUAUCAUUUUUGGCCUCUAUUGUCUGCCAUUGCUGUUGUUUAACAAUAUUGUGGUCACAGCCGAUAAUGGGGCCAUCCACACGGCACCGGUCGAUGGCAAUAAUCGUAAACAAAUUUUGGCCAUGUUCAAUUUGACCGAAGAUCAAAUGAGCCGUAUUUUUGCCGGCAUAAAUGCAGCCAAUAAGGAAGCUGAAGCCAAUGGCAGUGUUUAUUUUAAAAAUAUCAAAGAAUUUCGUAUAAAUGAUAUCAAAAAUCGCAUCAGCAAUGCCAUACAGACAAAGAACUCCGAAGAAAUUAUUGAAUCGCCGUUACAUGAAAUGGCCGCAUAUCCCACAUGUAAUAUGGAGACCACUGAGGCAUCAUGGAUGCAGGAUAACAAUAUUACCAUACAAUUUUCUAGUACCCUCUUCGAACAAAAAAUGCAAAAUUUAAACUUGGAAUCGGCCAUUUUGCGUCUUUUCAAAAUCAAUCCAAAUGACACCCGCGACGAACAGGAAAUAAUCAAUGGUGGAGGUAAUACCGAAGAUGAUGAUGAAGAUGUUUCCGAUGAUCCCACUAAACCGAAACGUUGUGCUGAACCCAUAUUGGAUGCUCAGAUACGUGUAACCGUAUCGAUUGUCCAGCAAACGCGUCGCAAUAAACGUGAACGUAAGAAGCGUAUCUGCAACACCAUCAUGAUGAAUGUCUCUACAACCGGCUGGGUGGAAAUUGACAUACGCCGUGCCAUUUAUAUUUGGGAAAAUGUCGGCAAACAAAUGGAACAGAAUCAACAGACCCGUACCCCUAUUUUGGUCGGCUAUCUAAUGAUUGAGGUUCACGAUGAGGAGGAACAGCCAUUGAAGCCGGGCUUAUUCUUUAAGCCACCAAGUUGCAAUCAGGCAGAUCUUGCUAUCCCGUGGAAUUACUACAGACCGUACUCGCCUUCGUCUCCAUUUGCGACGCUCGAGGUGCCAAGGUACCCAAGAUUAGAUGUCAAAUUAAUGGGAUAUGCCUCAUUUGCACCAAUUAACCAACCGAACACUCAACCCGACACCGUCUAUGCUAGUCUUAAAGAUAAACUAUUCAAUUUAACGCAUAAAACCAGUUCCAGUGAAGCCGAUAACGAAUCAACCACACAAAUAGCCUCAGCUGCAGCAGCGGCCAAUAAUCAUUUACAGGAAGUCAGCGAUGUGGAUGACGAAGAAGAACAUUUGCAUCAUAAGCGUCAUUUGAAUGGGCAACAAUUAAAGGAAUCCAUUGACGAGGUAGAAGAAGAUGGGGGAGAAAUCGAAACAGAGACAAUGGAUGAUGAACAGGUUGAGGGAAAUGACGGAGAAGAUGAAGUGGCAGAAGAUGGUGUUGCAUAUAAUUAUCGGAAUCAUCCAAGACAUCGUCGUCAUCAUCAUCAUCAGGAGAAACAUCAGCGUCAUCAUCAAAGCCAUGAGAAACAAAAUAAUCAUCCAAGACAUGCUAAUCACGAUGAUGACAAAGAGAAAUCGCUUGAUGAAUUAGUUACCCCUAAUACUGAUUAUGUUAAUGUCCAUCAUAGACGUCAUUCUUUAACUACGGAGUCACCAAUAGAUCCUGUCGAAUCAACCCUUGAGAAGGAACAACAUGAAACCAAACUCUUACAACAUAUUGUCCAUAAAUUGCAGCAAGAACAAAAACAAUUAUU